CUUCGACGACCGACGAGCCUGCUGAGAUGCAGCGCAUCACACCAGAGGUGCUAAAGAGCAAGUUGAUUGAGAAGCUAGAGGCUACGCACGUGGAAAUUGAUGAUAAAGGUACUAUAUUUGAUUGUGGAAGAUGAGGGUGUUAUGUCGUCCUUUUAUUAAGUAUCUGUUAAACAUAUCUAUGGGCCCACAGGUUCCUCCCAGAUUGUUCAGCCGCUAACCGCAAAUGCCAAUCUAGACGGAUGUGGACAAAUGAUUGAAGCUAUCAUUGUCUCGCCACAGUUCACGAAGAAGACGACGCUGGCAAGGCACCGACUUGUGAAUGCCGCGCUGAAGGAGGAGAUUGCUGCGAUACACGCAUGGUCACCCAAGUGUCAUACGCCUGAGGAGUGGGAGAAGAAGAAACCGCAGACUUGAGCAUUUUGCGGACACGGUUCGAAUUACUCAGCAGACGUGAGGUCUCAUUUGGCUAUCCGGAGUCGCAUUCACUAGGGACAAUUUGAAGUAUGAACCAAAUAGGGGUGCAUUCUACCUUACAAGCUUCGUGCGAUGGCUUCAAGAAGAAACGUCGUCCAGCCUAUUCCUUCUAGCUUAGAAGAACCCGAAUUUCAUCGCUCGUGCGAGGGAAAAUAUCCCUUAGCCUCACCACUGCCUGAUCUUCCGAUUCACUUUCGUCAUCCAGCAACUCAUCC